AUGCUGGGCUCCCGGGCACGCCUCUCUUUACCCCUGCUCUUGCCCCUGAGGCAGAUGGGUACAGCCGCUGCCAGGACCGAGACCGUGACCAGGGCAGUAACAGGGACCGUGACUGGGGCAGGACUGAGAGAGCAGGGGCUGCCGUCGGUGCCUCUGGCUUUUGAAGACCCCAGGGCCUUCCAGGUGAAGACCAUGGGGGAGCUGCUGCGAGCACUGGGAGUCUUUCAGCUGUGCUCUUUCCCCGUGCUGGUCAACCACUGCGGCAAGCUGAUGUCCGUCGCCCGGAGGCUCCUGGGAAAGCGGGGCUUCUCCCUGUUCCUGCGCCCCACUGUGUACAGACAGUUUGUGGCUGGUGAGAACGAGACUGAGAUCUCGCACUCUAUGGAAAAGAUGAGUGUUCUGGGACUGAGGCCGAUGCUGGCCGUGCCCAUCGAGGAAGAUCUGGGAGAAAGCACAGGGGAGAAGAGAUAUGAGGACAACAUGGAGGCCAUGCUGGAGUGUGUGCGGAUGUCCCACUGUAACGCGUGGAGCAAAGACCCCAUGAUGCAGCUGAAAGUGACAGCUCUCCUCAGCCCAGAGCUGUGUGUGAAGCUCACGACCCUUAUGUCAGAGCAGCCCUUUGACCUGGAUCUGCUGGUCCGAGGCCUGGACGGGGAGUCGAUCAGCCUCCGUGGGUUAGACGAGAAGGAGAACGCUCACUUGGUCUGUGGCCUGAGGCGGAUCAACCGAAUCGCAGAGGAGAGCGUUCACAAAGUCAGGGUCUUGGUGGAUGCGGAGUACACCUACAUGAACCCGGCCCUCUCUCUGCUCACCACAGCCAUGAUGAAGAAGUUCAACAAAAACGACGCCUGGAUUUGGAACACGUACCAAUGUUAUCUAAAGGAGUCCAGGUCCUUGAUCCAAGAAGCCAUUAGUGUGUCCCAAAAAGAGGGCUUCUGUCUGGGGGUCAAACUGGUGAGAGGGGCCUACAUGGAGAAAGAGCGGAAACUUGCAGAAAAGGAGGGAAGACUUGACCCUAUCCAUAACUCCUGGGAAGAGACGAACAGCAGUUACAAUGGCUCACUGAACGCCGUGUUGGAGGCCAUCUCCGAUCAACCCGGACGCUACAGGAUCAUCGUGGCCACACACAACGAGGAGUCCGUCCGAUUGGCUGCUCAAAGGGUGGAGGAGCUGGGCAUAGACCGAGACGACGGCUCGGUGUGUUUUGGUCAGCUGCUGGGCAUGUGUGACCACGUCUCCCUCACGCUGGCAAAAGAGGGUUAUUCCAUCUACAAGUCUGUGCCGUACGGCUCGGUGGACGACACGCUGCCGUACCUGGUGCGCCGCGCUCAGGAAAACCGCACGGUUCUGCAGGGGAUCCGCAAAGAGAGAGACCUCCUGCGGCAGGAGCUGCACCGGAGACUGAGGCCCAGACUCACCACUGCAGCUGUGUAG